GUUAGUCAAAAGUAACAAAAAGAUAAAUAAAUCACGAAAAAUAAGUAAAGCAAAUAGUUUGUUGUGCAAAAUUUCUGGUGGUUUGUUUUUUUUUUUACACGCUAAUUUCCACUGCAUAUUUGAAUUGCGCGCCAAUCGAUGAAAGCAAUCGCACAGCUGACAAUUGCCGCCCUGGUUCAGAACAAUCGUGCGAACAGCUGACGCACAGUGCGGUGCAGCCCUGGUAUCCUGGUAAUAAGAGCGCAUAGGCAAUUUGUUGUCAUUCGCCAUGGAUUUUAAUUAAUGAAUGAUACACACACACAGCCAGAGACUGACUGUCAACACUGUGGAAACCGUGGGGAUUAACGACGAAGAAUUAAGGACGAACAGCGUAACAGCCGCUCAUCAUGAAGAUGGGAAUGGGCUACACAGUGAUAUCGCGUUUGCGCACCCUGGCACGCUACACAAUCGCAUACGCUUGUAUAACCCAUUGCACCUUCGAGUAUGUGGGCGACUUCGUACUGUGCAAAGGACCUUCAAUGGAGCCAACGCUGUUCUCGGACAAUGUGCUGCUAACGGAACGCCUAUCGAAGUAUUGGCGCAAGUACCAAUCGGGCGAUAUCAUUAUCGCCGUCUCACCGAUAAAUGCCAGUCAAUUUAUUUGCAAACGCAUUGUCGCCGUGUCCGGCGAGAAGAUCACAACCCUAAAGCCUCAUCCCUUGGAAGCUGAAUCGGCAUCGAAACAACCCAGCGAAAUGACUAUGGUGACGGAUUAUGUGCCGCAUGGUUGUGUGUGGAUCGAGGGCGAUAACAAAGGCAAUAGCUCCGAUUCGCGAUAUUAUGGUCCAAUACCGUUGGGUCUCAUACGCAGUCGCGUUGUCUGUCGCAUUUGGCCGCUCUCUGAGCUAACAGGUCUUUAGUAACAACAAAUUUCUAGUUGCAGUCGCAGUCGCAGUUUUUGUGUGUUUUUAUCAUUGUAAAUUAUCGAGCAGUAAAUUGAACCGCAAAAUAUUGUGAUCGAUAACAGAUUGACCAAUCAAUAGUUCGUGUCCUGUGAGUUAAAAUUCCUAAGUUGACAACAAAGCUAUUGAUAAAUUGCUUGUGAGAUGAUACAAAAUGCAAUCGAAACUAAUUUCAGUUUUGUGCUUUUGUGUUCCCAUUGUAAAUAAACAAAAAAAAUAUUUGGUUUAAAA